AUGACGGAGUCACGGAUAAAACGGCUUGCUACGACAUUGAUGGACGCCACAACAGAUAAGGACCCGCUGGUGCAGGAGCAGAUCUACAAUGCUUUGUGCUACCUGGGGGAAUCUGAGCCAGAGGAGAUCCUCAACUCCUGUGAUGAGUAUCUCCGGCAGCACGAUAAGCUGGGCUACCCUCACCGCGUGAUCAUCCUGAAGGCAAUGGAAACUGUGGUGAAGAACAACAUUGCUCUCUUGGACAAAAGCACAGCGAAGGUGGUUAUCUUCCUGGCGUCUAAUGAAAUGACCAAGUCAAAGGAGGUGAUCCGGGACUGGCAGCAAGCCGCGAGCAACGUCCUUGUUGCGGUGGGGCAGCGCUUCAUCAACAAGGUGAUGGAGGAGGUGCUCACCAAAUUUCAGCCGGGGAUCCUGCCGCACUACUUUGUCAUGCAGACAUUUGCAAACCUCUCUGUGUCAAACGUGUUCGGAAUGGUGCCUUUUCUCAACUCCAUCCUCGGGACGAUGCUGCCCAUGCUGGGAAUGGCCAAACAGGACCACAUGAAGUCUGUCUUCUGCUACGCUCUGCAGCACUUCAGCGAGAGCAUCCAGGAGUACCUGGCGAACUUGGACAAGGCCCCGGACCCCACGGUCAGGAAGGACACCUUCUCAAACGAGAUCUUCAGUGCGUACGAAGUGCUCUUCAACAGCUGGCUGCAGCACCGGGAAGCCAAGCUGAGACUGGCCGUGGUGGAGGCUAUGGGACCUAUGAGUUACCUGAUGCCCAGUGAAAAGCUGGAGGAGCAGCUCCCUAAGCUGAUUCCGGGCAUCCUCGCCCUCUACAAGAAGCACACGGAGGCCUUCUACAUAUCCAAGAUCUGUGCUCCUGCGGAUCCGUCUGUCCCCCUGACUGUUAAAAAUCACACUGAGGUCCUUCGAUGCUUCACCGUCCUGGCCUGCUCGUUCCCUGACCGCGUGCUGGCCUUCCUCCUCCCCAAGCUGGAGAGCAGCAACGAGAGGACCCGUGUGGGGACGCUCCUCAUCAUGAGGCAGAUCAUCAACAGCGCCCCCUCUCAAAUGGAGAUUAAAAAGCCCUUUAUUCUUUCAUCUAUGAAACUUCCUCUGCAAGACAGCAAUAAUAAGGUGAAGCGGGCCCUGGUGCAGGUGAUCAGCGCCAUGGCUCACCACGGCUACCUGGAGCAGCCCGGCGGGGAGGCGAUGAUGGAGUUCCUUGUCCGCCAGUGCGCCCUUCCCUCGGAUGCGCCCAAAAAGCAGCCGCCGGAUGCCGAUGACCUCACUAGUGACAGCGUCCAGAGCAUCAGCGUCAAUACGCUCUUUCUCCUUAGCACCACCGUUGACAGGAUGAACAACGUCCUCUGGCCAUACCUCCUGGAGUUUGUGACUCCCAUACAGUUCACCAACGCCCUGACCCCGCUCUGCAAGAGCCUCAUGUAUUUGGCCGUGAAGAAGCAAGAGGAGGGAGAAAACGCGUCCCUGAUCCGUUACGACCUGAACGCAAACCUUCCUUCGCCCUAUGCUCUAACGACGCGACUGCUGGUUGUAUCGUCCCAGCCGUACGCAGGAGACUGCCGGGGGAUGGCUGCCCUGCGUCUGCUCAACGUACUGCAUUACAGCGUCCACCCCGCGCUGGACCAGCUUUGGAGCAAGCAGGUUCCUCUCUUGGUGGAGCACAUAGAAGAGAACACGGAGAAGUCCCUGUCCCAGAAGGAGUGGGAGGAGAAGCUGCUGCUGUUCCUCCAGGAGACGCUGGCGGCCGUGUCUGACAGCGCAUGGAUUUGCCAUUUUGUGACGGAGAUGUGCAGGCAGCUGAACAACUACAACGGCUUCCCGCCGGAGAAGAACUUCCUGUAUAAAUGCAUCGGGACGACGCUUGGGGCGUGUGCCAGCAAAGACCUCGUGCAAAAGCAGCUCCAGGAGCUCCUGGAAACAGCCAGAUACCACGAGGAGGCAGAAAGAGAGGGGCUUGCUUCCUGCUUUGGGAUAUGUGCAAUAAAUCACCUGGAGGAAACCCUGGCCAAGCUGGAAGAUUUUGUUAGGUCUGAUGUCUUCAAGAAAUCCGUGGGACUGUUCAGUAUCUUCAAGGACCGUAGUGACAACGAAGUGGAGAAAAUAAAGAGCACUCUCAUCCUCUGCUAUGGAUACGUGGCUGUGUACGCGCCGAAGGAGCUGGUGCUCUCCAGGAUUGAAGCAGACAUCCUGAAGAACAUCUUCCAGUACUUUAACACCAAGGUUCUGGGAAUAAAGGUAGAAACCAAGGACCUGACCCUGAAGCUGUGCCUCAUCCGCACCAUCUGCAUGAUCAGCCAAGCCAUCUGCAACGGUGUGAAGUGUGGAGACUUCAUCUUCUCCCGCAAAGCUGAGCUGGUGGCCCAGAUGGUGGAGUUCAUAAAAGCAGAACCACUGGAGGCCAUGCGGACGCCGGUUCGCCAGCGAGCGAUGAUCACCUGCACUUACCUGGUCGUCCUGGAGCCCCACCUCAGCGACCCCGACAGGACAGAGCUGAUCGAUACCUGCCUCGCUAGCGUGCUCGCCCUCCCACCGCUGGACCCGGGGAGGGAGAGGGAUGAGAACGGAGGCAAUGUCUUACACAAGGAGGUGCUGUAUGGUGACACCAUCAGUGCCCUUAAAGACCUGCUGAAGAGUCUCCUGCAGAGGAACUUGACCCCGCACGGGCUGCAGGACAUGUUUGCGCAUUUAGGGCCCUGGAUCAAGUCGAACAAGGAACACGAGCGGCAGCGAGCGGUGGAGGUCAGCGCCGCGUUGCUGGAUUUCUACCUGAGCAAGCUGAACGUUAGCACCGUCAUCCCCUUCUACAACCUCGGCGUCCUGAUCGCGCUCUUCUCCCCGCGCUGCUCGGACUCCCUGGCCAGUGUUCGCCAGCACGCUGUCGACUGCGUCUACUGCCUGCUCUACAUCCAGCUCUGCUACGAAGGUUUUGCCCGGGAUCACAGAGAUGAGAUGGUGGAGGGCCUGAAAGCUCUGAAGAAAGGCCUGGAGGAGCCGAACUUCACCAUUCUCUUCCAUACCUGCAACAACAUCGCCAUGGUGAUCGGGAAGCGUGUCCCUCCGGACCAGCUGAUGAGCCUCCUGCUCGCCAUGUUCGAGGGGUUGGCGGACCCCGAUAAGAACUGUUCCCGAGCAGCCACCGUCAUGAUCAACUCCCUCCUCAAGGAGCGCGGCGGCGUCUUGCAGGAGAAGGUGCCCGACAUCAUGAGCAUCAUCCACAGCAAGCUGGAGGAGGUGGACGAGGAGCACAUCCGGAAGGCGGCCCAGCAGACGGUUUAUAUCCUGGCCUCCCAGCACAAGAGCAUGGUGGUCUCCAGCCUGCUGGGCAGCGCCCUGCCCUUCGACAGCCACACGUGCGCCAUGUGGAGGGCCCUGGCCACCGAGCCCACCCUCACCUCGCAGAUCCUGGAGCAGCUCCUGGAGAAGGUCAACAGGGACGUCCCCUACAAGGAGAGCAAGGGCUUCCCGCUGCUGGGGAGCGGAUCCGAGCGCGUCGCCACCCCUCUGCCCCUGGCCGCCACAUGUGCUUUGUAUGAGAUCAUGUCUGCUCCGGAGUCUGGGGCGGCAGUGCUGGGACUCUACCCGCCGUUGUUUGUGACUCUCCUGCUGCGCCUCAGCUGCACCGUGGGUGUUCAGCUACCGAAGAACCUGCAGAGCAGGGAGAGGAGGAGCAGCAGCCACGGUCUGCUCGCUCGGGGGCUGACCCCCUGCGUUUGUGCUGUGGAAACGCUGAAGGUCAUGCUGGCCCGGGGGGGCAGUGAGGAGGUCGCCAGGGCCGUGGGCAGUGCCGGUGGCUGGGAGCUGAUGGCAAGUCCAGAGAGGCACCACGAUGGGAUCGCUGUGCUCGCCGGCGCCAUGGCGCGACACGCCGGCCCCCGGCUGCCCCUGAUCGUGAAGAACCUCAUCCCAACGCUCAACAGCGUCUUCGACAGCCAGAGGAUCACCACCACCGCCUUCUUCGCCGAGCUUCUCAACAGUAACGUGGUGAAUGACCUGAUCCUGCUGGAGACCAUGAUGGAUAACAUGAUGGGGAGGCAGAAGGACACCUGCACGUUGGUGCGGAUGCUGGCACUGCGAGGACUCGGCAACAUCGCCUCUGGCUCACCGGAAAAGGUGAGGAAGCACGGGGCCAAGCUGCUGGCGUCCAUGGUCAACGGCAUGGAUGACAAAGACGACCCCCACAACCUGGUUGCGCUGGAGGCCAUGUCCAGUCUCUCCAAGCUCCUGGAUCACGUGGAGGAGAGAGACAUCCAGUCCAUGCUCCUCCACAUCGCCAUCCGGAUCCGGCCCUUCUUCGACAGCGAGCAGCCUGACCUCCGCCAGUCGUCCAUCGUCCUCUUUGGCAACCUGACCAAAUUCAGCGAAGACAACUGUGAAGUCUUCUUUGAGCAGAUCCUCAACGGGCUGGUGACGCUGCUGCUGCACCUCCAGGACCCGAAGCCGGAGGUUGUCAAAGCCUGCAAGUUCGCUCUGCGCAUGUGUGGCCCCAGCAUGGGCUGCGAGGGGCUCUGCGACAUGUUCCUCAACCACCUGCGGGAGGACAGGAGUCUGCACUACGGCGAGUUCAUGAACAACGUCUGCAAACACCUGAUGCAGAGCUACCCGGAGAUGCUUAACCGCCUCAUCUCAACCAACCUGUUCUACUUCAAGAGCAACUGGGUGGACAUCCGGGCGGCUGCGCCCAUGUUCAUCGGCUUCCUUGUGCUGCACGUGGACGAAGACCAGUGUCAGCAUGUGGACCUGGACCAACUCAUUUCGGGAAAAACUACCUGGAUUGUUUUCUUACUACUGGGAGCUGUUCCAGGCGUUAGGAAAAAGGUGGCAGAGACGCUGGGCCGCCUCGUCAGGAUCCUGUGA